CGUCUCAUCACAAACCCAGUUAAUCACGUCACCGCCGUAAGCAUACGACGGGGAAUUAAUCAGCAAACAAACGUUUUCAAAUUCUUUGUGGGUUUCUUUCAAUUCGUUAAGUUUCUGUACAUUCCAAUCUCUUUUCUUUCAUUUCCCAAAUCGUUUUCCGUAUGAGUUCUGCCUCAUUUCGAGUUCAUUCUUAAGCUCAAGUUCGUUAAACUAUCUUUAGCUUGAGUUGCAGGAUUAAAUCGAGUUUUGAGGGGGGGUUUUUGCUCAUAACCCUAUUUGGGUUUCUUUAAAUUUGUGAAGUUCCGAUUGCAUUGAAACUACUAAGUUAGUUGGAGGCUGAUUUUAGACUGGUUGAAUCGUGGGUCAGCUUCAAAAUCUCAAAAUUCAUCUACCCUUUAACGGGUCAAUCCUGGUAAUAUGGUUUCUAUAUCGGGUUCCGUGUUCUUUCCAUUAACUGUACCCAAUUGUUCCGCUCGAUCGCGUAAAGUAGCUGUUCUCGAUGCGCACAAUUCGUUUUGUUGUAAGAAAAAGGACCAGAGAAGGAUUGUUGUAUGUAAUUGCAUUGCGCCUCCGCCUUACUUCAAGAGUGAUGGAUCAUCUGCUGUGAAUUCCAAUGACUCAUUUAGAUCAGAACAUUUAAGCCCAGAUAAUGAGGACAAGGAUGAGUCUGAUGUUCUUAUUGAGUGUAGAAAUGUCUACAAAUCAUUUGGAGAAAAACAUAUAUUGAGAGGUGUGAGCUUCAAGAUUAGACAUGGAGAAGCCGUGGGAGUCAUUGGGCCUUCUGGUACUGGAAAGUCUACGAUACUGAAAAUCAUUGCAGGUCUUCUUUCUCCAGACAAGGGAGAGGUAUAUAUUCGAGGUAGAAAACGAUUUGGUUUGAUCGAUGAUGAGGAGCUAUCUGGUCUUCGAAUUGGAUUGGUUUUUCAGAGUGCGGCACUUUUUGACUCGUUAACUGUUCGACAAAAUGUUGGUUUUCUUUUGUAUGAAAAUUCGAGCUUGUCUGAAGAACAAAUUUCAGAAUUGGUAACUGAGAACUUAGCUGCUGUUGGGCUGAAGGGAGUUGAAGAUCGGUUACCUUCUGAAUUAUCAGGUGGAAUGAAGAAACGAGUUGCUUUAGCUAGGUCUAUAAUUUUUGAUAACACAAGGAAAGAAAUUGAGCCAGAGGUGCUCUUGUAUGAUGAACCAACUGCUGGACUGGACCCAAUUGCAUCAACUGUUGUUGAAGAUCUUAUACGUUCUGUACAUAUUAAGGGUGAGGAUGCUAGUGGGAAACCUGGGAAGAUUGCAUCUUAUAUUGUAGUCACCCACCAACACAGUACCAUCAGGAGAGCUGUUGACAGGUUAUUAUUUUUAUAUGAGGGAAAGGUGGUCUGGCAAGGAAUGACCGAUGAAUUUACAACAUCUACAAAUCCAAUCGUUCAACAGUUCGCAUCGGGAAGCUUGGAUGGUCCGAUUAGGUACUAGCAGAUACACUCUAAUGAUCAUGUACUUUUAGAUUAGACAUAGCAUGAUUCCUAAUUCUUUGGAGACAACAGAGUUUAGUUAUGGAGAAGACAGGGAGAGAAGUUCUAAUGGACUAAUUCUUACACAUUGCUGAGAAAGAAAACUGGUAGAUUAAAGCCCAUUCUGUAGUUCUGUUUCCUUGAGAAGGCUUUAUAUGUCUGUAUACUCUCUCUGUUAACAUAUGCCUUUUUCUUUUGCCUGUCUAGUGUUUCUGUAAUCAUGGGAUAUGUGGGGAUCAUUUUUAAUCUUCUGCAAAAGCAAACGAAGAAUCUGUAGGCUUGAUUGUUUUGGUUUUAUCUUUUACCAAAUGACAAAGUACAGUGUGAAGGGAAUUAAAAUAUUAUUUAACUUACCCA